CCAGCUCCAGCUGCAACAGGGACGCGCACACCACCUGCAACCUGUCAACCUUCAUCAUCACCUUCACCUUGGAUCUUGGGCCUCAUCAUCGCCCCCGCACUCUUCUUGUGCUCGUGGCAUCCCGCGCGCCCGUCAACAUGGAAAAGGAGCCCCUCGUAGAACACCCGGCUGACCCGCCCGCGCCAGGGCCGCCCCGUCCCCGGAGACGCAUCUCCAAGCUCCUCGUCGGCGCGGGCUUGGCCAUUCUCGUGCUGCUCGCCACCGUCGACUCCAAGCUCCCCUUUCGGCCUCACCUCUGCCGCGGCCGCCACGGAAAGGACUCGCCUUUCGGCAGGUUUCCCCGAUCCGGCGACCCAUUCCACUUCAUCCCCUGUACCGACAGAACCAUACCGCCAGCCCUCGAGGACCCCAACCCUCUGCGCAGCUGGGCCAGGCUGUUCGAUCCGGACCCCGCCCACUGGAACUGGGGCAAUGCCUCGGCCGCCGACCACGAGGGAGGCCAUGGCCAUCUCCGUAGCCCCUUCUCAGGCCGCGGAAUCUACCUCUGCGGCUAUCUCGACGUCCCGCUUGACUACACCAACAAGUCCGAUGAGCGCAUCGCCCGUCUCGCCGUCACCAAGUUCCAAGUGUCUGGCCUGGCUCCCCACCGUCGCCAUCGCCGUGGCCGGCAUGGCGACGACAACAAGGCUGGCAAGAAGAGUGAGCGAACCCUGGUCAUCGAGCCAGGCGGUCCCGGCGGCAGCGGCACGUCCAUGGCCUGGAGGGCGUCCGAGGGCAUCACCAAGCGCCUGAGCGACGGCCAGUACGACGUUUUGGGCUGGGACCCUCGUGGCGUCAACACCUCCUUGCCUGCCAUCUCCUGUUUUCCCUUUGAUGCCGACCGCGAUCACUGGGCUCUGCGCUCCGGCCAGUACCGCGAGACCUCGCCGUCCCCUCGCGCGCAGCUCGAGUUUGUGGAUGCCAUGAGCGACUCCGUCUUCAACGCCUGCUACAAGCAGCACGGCGACAUUCCGCGGUUCAUGACUACCGCCAUCGUGGCGCGCGACCUGGAGGAAAUUCGCAAGGCACUCGCCGAGGACGAGCUGACGGGCUAUCUCGUCAGUUACGGCACGGGCAUCGGGCAAACGUACGCCAACAUGUUCCCCAACAGUGUCGGCAGGAUGAUUCUCGAUGGGACAGAGUACGUGAGAGACCACCGCCUGGUCGGCGGAUUCGGAUGGACCGCGUUGGAUAAUGGAACAAAUGCCUGGCACGAUGGCUUCCUCGGCGAGUGCGUCAAUGCUGGUCCCCAGCACUGUGCUCUUGCCAAGCAGCUUAGCUCGGAGCCUGUUACUCUCAAAUCCCUGGAGAACCGCAUGCACACCCUCGUCAGCUCCCUCAUUGAACGCCCUCUGCCCGGAUAUACCGAGUUUAGCGGGCCGUCUCUCAUCACCUACUCGGCUCUCGUGGGUGCUCUGUACGGCUCCAUGUACAACGCUGAGAGCUGGCCGGCGCUGGCGCAAAUGCUCUUCGAACUCGAGGCGGGCAACACAACCAUGGCCGCGGCCAUGCUCGAGCGCGUCGCAUGGGGAUACGACCCCACGCUGCCGUCACCUCCGAACAAGCGUCCGAGUUCUGAGGAGCUCGGCACACUGGUGAUUUGCGCCGACUCGUAUGACGCCAAGGAGCCGGAGGGCGGCAUGGACUGGUGGGAGAACCUGUGGAAGAACAUGACGGAGCGCUCGUGGAUCGCCGGCAACUCUCGCUUCUCCAACGUGUUUCCUUGCCGCCACUUCACAAAGUACUGGCCAGAGCCGGCGGAGGUGUACCGGGGCGACUUGAACCACACACUCAAGCACCCCGUUCUCCUCAUCGCUGAGACGUACGACCCCGCCACGCCACUGCGCAACGGAAGAAGGCUCUUGAAGGAAAUGGGCGCCAACGCCAGGCUCAUUGCCCACCAUGGUUACGGGCACUCGUCGCGAGACAAGUCCAACUGCACCGACUCCAUUGCCAAGAGAUUCAUCCUCGAGGGUGUCGUGCCCGAUGAGCAGGAGACGGCGUGCUAUGCGAAUGAGAAGCCGUACCUGUACGGCGUCAAGAAGGGAGACGCGUCGGCGACGGGGCGCAAGACGCAGAGCGCCAUGGAGAUUUGGGACGAACACUUGGCGGAGCUUGCACUGCUCAGCCCUGCACUGCUCCCCAAGCGGAUGUAGCUCUAUCUGUCAAAGUUUGAUGCGUUUGAGCCCGAGUCAUUGCUCGCGCUCAGCUCAGCGUAACAAGGGACGAAUUUCGUGAAGCAUAGUCUCGUCACGAAGAGAGAGGCAAUGCACUGCAGCCGCUACUCGGGCGGAAGUCUGGCCAGAGGCUCUCCACAUCCGUCGCUUGCACCUGGGUCUAGACCGGUCAUGUGCUGAGUCCGCCGUACAACUACCAGGAUCCUUCCACCUGGUCAUAACUUCUAUGCUCUCGUGAAAGCCUCAGACAUCGGGCUGCGCUUUCUCAGGAACGCCUUGCACAGCCCAGCCGCCAGCUCGUUCCCCUCUGGCCGCCCUGCGUCUCACGUCUGUCGCAUCACCGCCGCGAACCACCGCCGCCCAAUCGCGAUGCUUGAAAGAGACGUCCAACCUUGAGAGGUCCGUAUUCUGCCAUCUCGAACAUGGCGCAAAGUCAUGUGGCGCAGAGAUGUGCCUGGCCGCUAUCAUCAGUCCCGGGCCACGUUGCGACGCAGGGAAGUGCUGCGUGAUACGACGUUCCGGACCCUCGUUGUCGGUGCCGACGCCGAAGCCAGGCGACAGCCACGAUCAGGGGUCUGACUACGUAUCAAAAGCUUUUCGCAUGGAACGGGCAAGUGUCAGUCGAGACGGCUGGUUCUGCGGCGGUUGGAAAGUGUUUGGCGACUCAAGAGUGCAGCCGUCGUCUAUCUGCGCAUAGUCCAUCGCGGCGCGGCAUGAGCGUGGAUAGGCGGCGCGGCAACGGCUGUAGAAUCCCCAGACGAUUGAGCCCAGGACAUGAAGCCUCUACAUGGAACUCGACAUUCACGAUGAGCCGAAGAUGACAGCAGAGUUUAAACGGGAGUACAGAGUAUGUAUAAAAGAAAACAUGGGAAAUCAUGUUGCAGCAGCAGCACUAUUAUGACAGGCGUUAUUUUCCAGCAGAGCCCAGCUCCCACACAAUUCCCGAUGGGCCGAUCAAGAGCAUCAGUUCACAGGCGGGCAGAUGACGACAAGUCGGGCCUGCCUGCAUGCUCUAGAGGCCCCCCAGGCCGUAAAAAUCCACAAAAGGGGCAUACGAAUCGUUGUCCGCAUGCUCUUGGACUUGGUCCCUUAGGCGGUGAACUCGACAGCGCGGGCGGCGUUGUUGUUGUUGUUGUUGUUCUUGUUGCCGCCACCCUGGCGACCAGCACGGCCAGCGCCGUUGCCUCCAGCGUUUCCAGCGUUUCCGGCGUUUCCGGCGUUGCCGGCGUUGCCAGCGUUGCCGUUCUUGCCGUUCUUGCCAGUGUUGCCAGCCGGAGGGGUGUUGCCAUUGCCAGCGCCGCCGGCAGCACCAGCCAUCUGGACGGGGAUGACACCACCAAAGGGACCAGCGCGGGCAGGGUUCUGGCACCGGACCAUGCAGACAUUGUCCUGGCCGGCGACGGAGCCGGUACACGUCUGGCCGGCGGGGAUCGCGGCGACGAGGGGGUGGUCCGAGGCGUUGCCAUCACGGUUGCGGCCACGCUCGUUGCCGGCGACGUUUGUGGUGACCUGGAUGUUCUCCCAGGACUGGGCGGUGCCGUCGGCGUUGAUCAUGCACUUGAAGGGGCCAGCGCCGUCGGCGUUGACCUGGUGGACCGUCAUCUGGAGCUGGCCGCCGGGCGAGAUCUGGGGCAGGCUGUCGCCCGUCAUCUGCAUGACGGCGGCGGUGCCCGACUCGGCGUCGUUGGCGCCGGCGCCGAUGGUCUCGCCCACCGUCUUGGCCGACGCGCCGCGGAAGCGCGUCGAGUCGGCCUGGAAGGGGCGGCGGCGCGUGCCGUCGCGGGGGGUGUUGGGGUCGACGCCAAUGGCCAUGCCAGAGCCGCCGGCGUCGCCGACGGCCUUGAUGAUGGCGGCGUGGCCCGACACGAGCUGCGCGGCGAGCAGCGCCGAGGUGGCGAGGAUGACCUUGAGAGACAUGGUGUGUGUGAAGUUUGUUGUGUGUAAAGAAAGUUGUUGUGUGUGUGUAUAUCUCGGGUGCAAAACCUGACCGGCAGGGAGAACGUGAAAAGAGUCUCUUGAAGCGAAAGAGAGAGAGAGAGAGAGAAAGGAGGGCUUGAGAAAGGAAGAGAUGAGGCUCUGGAUAUUAGGCUGCUGAAUGAGGCUGCUGGUGAUGACUUCUC